UAACGUGUCACCUGACCCGCGCAUCUUCCUAGAUUUUUUGUACACAUUGUGAAAAAAAUGGCGGAUAUUUCGGUUCUCGGAUCCGGUCUUGAUAUUUCCAAGUUAAAGGUUCCUGAUUUAAAAAAGGAGCUCAAAAGUCGUGGCCUCAACACGACGGGGAACAAAAACGAGUUGGUGGAAAGACUACAGGCGGCUUUAAAAACCAACGAGAGGGCCAGCAAUGAGUCUGUGGAUGAUUUAGAUGAGGACUUGCUAAACGAAGACGACGAUGACCAUCUGGAAACCACGGAGUCUGUGAUAAGUGAUAUAGACAAUGCCCUUAACGAUUCGCUUCCAACUAAAGGCCAGAAGCGCAAGUCGGACGAAAACGAGCUAAAAGAAGACAAAGACAAAGUUCCACCCGCAAAGAAAGUAGUUUUAAAUAGGAACACGCCGCUGAUCGAGGAGAAGAGGAUAUCCACGGACAGUAAAGAGGGCUCGGACAAAACUAACGGCACAAAUGAGGAGAAACGCGUUAUUAAAUUGUCGUCGCUGUCUGCUAAAGAGCGCCUGGAAAUGAGGGCGAAAAAGUUCGACGUGUCCACGCUCAGCACCGAAGCGAAGAAGUUGGCACGGGCGGAGCGCUUUGGAACGAAAAGUCAAGCAGACACGCCACAAACCAAAGUGGAUACCAGCAUCGAUGUACUUAAGCAGCGCGCGGAGAGAUUCGGGGGGUCGGUUUCAAAGAUGAUGACUAAUAUAGACCAAGCGGAGCGGCUUGAGAGGAGGAAAGCCCGAUUCGGUAUUGUUACCGACGAGGAUAAGGCAAAACAAAGAUUAGAGCGGUUUAAGCAACCCAUAAAAUAAAGUUUUAUUUUGUAUAGAUUUUAAUUUAAUUUACUGUAUUCAUUUUAUUAAUCAUUUCAUCAAUAUACGUUUUUCUGAU